GGAGGGUAUUAUACGGUACCCAGGUGGAGGGCUCGUACCCGGCCUGGGGGACACAGUACUCUACAAGUAGACUACUGUGCAGUUCGCUGGGCGUUUAACGUAACUUUAUCGCUCCGCCCCUACUUGUAGCACUCCACACAGCCAGCAGACAUGCCAGACGCACGCACUCAAACACUCUCUCUGUUCCCGGAGGUCAAUGGUCCCGUACCCCGGGUUUAUAUGUCCCUCCCUUCCGGAGACAGCUUUCCCCGUCUCCCAGUCUCCCUGCUCGCAAUGGAUGCUCUCUAUGCAGGGAUGCGACGCAGAUGGUCACUCUCGGAUACGCGUCAAGUGGGAACUUCAAACAUUCAGCUCGUGAAUGGUGACACUUUCCGUCUAAUAGCUUUGUGCCCCUCCUUCCCAUCAUCCAAUAGCCUAGUUCAGACCCCUCCAACCGCCACCGUCGGUAGGGCAAGGGCGAAACUGGUUGGGCGCUUCCAAUUAGCAUAAUAAUCCGACGAUCUCUCCUCUCCUCCUCCCUCUAUCCCUCCCUCUCCCCCCUCUCUCAUUCUCUCACUCCGCCCCAUCCUCCUCUUUCUUGCUAACCCAUUCAUUUCCCGGAAGUUCGGCCUCAGUUUUGUUCGACACAAAGAACUCCCCCCCCCACUUUUCCUCACCUUUGUUGACAAACAAAGCUUGUUUCCUAAUACUGCAUCCAUUUUACUCGAGUGUGGAACUGUACUAGUACACUUUUUAUUUCCCCUUUAUUCAUUGCCCGACACUCCCACUUGUGCAACCAGAACCCAACUUUCUCGCAAGAAAAGGAGAGGAUGGCUGCUACCGCUACAAGCUCGACGGCGCCCACUUCUUCCCCUUCCACCUCUUCUCUCCCAGCUCUUACAGUUAAUGGCUCCUCACCGACUGCUGGACCCGGAGAUGGCGGUGGAAUAAGAGCGGAGCUCCGGAAGAACAUGUUGAAGAAACUCAGGCCGUACCCGUUGAGGCAUGAGUGGGUCUUUUGGCAUGAUAGGUGAGAAAGCCCCCCUUCCUCCUCCCACCUCACCAGAUCCGAUACGAUAUCGGUAGACCAAUCUAGAGUUAGGGCUUUUCGAUCCCGGGUGCUGAUCGGCGGUGAAUGUCUAGGAACUCAAAUACGAACGAGGAGGAGUGGGAAGAUCAGUUGAAGGAGAUUGCAGGGAUUAGUACUGUUCAGGUAAUUGUUUACGAACAUCUUUAAAGCUUUCUGAACGCCGGGUUUUUUCCCUAACACCCCAAGUUUAGACAUUCUGGCAGGUUUAUAACAAUACCCCGUUCACUACACUCCCGCUGAGGGACUCGCUGCAUUUGUUCAAGAAGAAUGUGAAACCUAUCUGGUAUGAUUUCUCUUUCAUGAUAAAUCGUGGGACAUUUGGAAUGCUUAUUACUAUUAUUUGCUCAGGGAGGACCCGAGAAAUAAGAAUGGAGGUGCCUGGAUAUUCCGGGUCCCUAAAGCCAAUUCACAAGAAUUCUGGAAGGAGAUUCUAAUGAUGGCUAUUGGUGAGGUCUUGCAGGAGGUUGUCCAUAAGGGUUUGUUGCCCACUUUUUCCCUCUUGAACGGGAUGAAUGCUAACCGGAAUCCUAGGAGACGAUAUCUGCGGGGUUUCCAUUAGUGUCCGGUUCAAUUCUCACCUCAUCAUGAUCUGGAACCGCGACUCCAACAAUCAAGAGAGUGUUGAUGCUAUCCGCGAUAGAGCCUUGGAAUCCAUCCCGGAAGAGCUUCGACCCGUGCCUCAGAACUACUACUAUAAGAAGCACUCGUCUCACAAAUUUUUUAAAGGAGACAGCGCUGGAGGUGAAUCUGCUUCAUCUUCGGUUCCAGAGGCCCCACAACAAGUGCCCUCGUCUUGAGCUAUUCAUUUACAGGCUGCGGUCUCCAGUUUGGAUGGGUGAUUGCUUUGCUUUGUUUCUUUCGCGUAUAUCAUGGUGAGUUCGGGUGAUUGUCGACUCGUUUUUGGUUGCAUUUGUGGUUAUUGAAAAAAAAACAAAAAAGCUAGUUUUCUGGCAUAUACGAGAAGUUGGCAAAGUUUAAAAUGGAUACCGUGGGAAUGGGAAUUGAAAGACACAUCAAAGGAAAUUUCUAUUGAAGAUGCAAAAGGGCCCCAUCCAAAUCAGAAAUCAUGACGUGCGCUAUACUACACCAAUUGGCCUGGGCACCCACUUUCCACUCCACUUCUUCCACCUGCCAAUAGCAACCCCGCCUUCCUGCUCACCCACGGCCUCCUUAUCGCCUUCAGGUAUCGAUGUAGUAAUUGUGCCUUCUGAAUUCCGUGAAAGACGUACCCUCUUCAUGGCUUCAUACCUAGCCUCAAACAUCCUGACUUCCUCCUCGACGUCAUGGAUAGACCUCUUCUUUCCCGCGAAUUGCGUGUCCCCUUCCUCCCCACCC